AGACAACCAAUUCAUUCGCGCUCGCGUUUGAUCGAUAUGCACUGAUAAGCUUGAUUGUGAUCUGUAGUGUUCUGAUACGACGUUAAACAAGGAUUUAAAAUGAACAUCACUGACUUGAAAUGGGAAAUCUAAUUGUUGCGAUCACAUAGUUAAAAUUCGUGUCCAAUCGGCGAUUGUAAGCUGUGAUUAGGAUCUGCACAAUUCAAAUUUGGUGCUUAACAAGCGUUUAAACGACAUAUACGCACACAUUGAAAUGGUAUAUAUCGUAUCGUGACAAUCAAACACAAUGUGCUUUCGGAAAUUGAGAAUAUGGCCGCAAAUGGUAUAACAUCCAUUGUGCACAACGUGGCUUAUAAGUUUACCAUUGUUAUAAGAUACCGAACAGCCGACAUCCGGGUCACAGAGACGUUGCAAUGACCAGCGUAGCCGGGGUCCAGACAGCGAGGCCCGUAAAGCGCCCAAGCACCGUUCCCACGGCUACCGGGAACCAGACGGGCAUCUUCUGUACGUGUAAAUCCGUUAAACUGGAGAAACGAACGCCAGCGCCCACGACUCCCCGGGCAGCCACGCCUUGUUUCCAUGACGACAGCGCAACGUGGUGCGGUUUCGACACUUCUAACCCCGCCUACCGGGAUCUGAUCCACCACUGGUACCUCCGGGGCAUGCACUGGAUCGCGUGCUCUGACGGACAGAUGCCCAGCCGACCCGUCCAAGGUGGCCACACACGGUCCGGGGAGCCGCUGUACAUCGCUCGCACUCUCAACCCUGUCAUGAAACUUUGCAUCGGCACGUUCCGGCCUUCCACGGGGUUCUGUUCCAUCGAGUGGCGGGGGAGGCAGUACCAGAGCGACCACUACGAGAUGCUGUGUUACCGAUCUAAGCUGCAGAGCCGCGCAACCGCUACUUCUGGCCCCUUUCCAUCAGAUCUGCUUGCCGAGACGCUUAAAGUGCAAUCUUUCAAAAGUCCGCUAAGGAUAGCGAACAUAACUUAUCAUAGGACGUAAUAAAGUACAGUUUGCAAAGUAGAUGCAUGCUUGAUGUAAGAACGUGCUAUGAGUGUAAACUUAUUUUUUU